GCACAAUCUUUGGCAUAUAUUACGUACGUGUAAGGAUACACUACAUUCGUGAAAAAAUGGCAGCUGACGAAUAGAAAAAAAGUGGAUCUUCAGUCAAAAAAAGAAGGCACUUGUAAGUUAAUACUUCAGAAUGAAUGAGUUGGAGUUUGGGGAAAUUAUCCGUGGAAGCUUCUCAAUCCUGCCUACGUGCGAUUCUCUCCGAUACUGUGGAAGAAACUGUUCUCAGAGGGUUAACGCUAAGGACAAACUUUCAGAGAAUACGGAAGCAAGUCGGUUGAUCAUCUGGCACCUUGUUCAUCACCAUAAAAGUGCCACAUUGGUCAUCUGUCACCAUGGGGAAAACGCCGCUAAAAGAUCAGAAAGAAGCCAAAAAAGAGAAAUCAGAUGCUUUUAGCUGGGAAGAAUAUCUCAAGGAAACAUCAUCGAUACCAGCACCAGCAACCUGUUUUCGUCAGGUUAGAGUCCCACCUACCAACGACUUCAAGGUGGGAAUGAAGCUUGAAGCUCACGACCCACGCAACUCCACCUCAGUUUGCAUUGCCACAGUGAUGGGUAUUACUGGGGUCCGUCUGCGCCUCCGUCUGGACGGCAGUGAUAACAGCAAUGACUUCUGGAGACUAGUCGACUCCUCUGAUAUCCAGCCUAUCGGCACCUGUGAGAAGAAUGGAGAUAUGCUGCAGCCACCGCUGGGAUUUCGGAUGAAUGCCUCCUCUUGGCCCAUGUUUCUGCUGAGAACCUUAAAUGGAGCAGAGAUGGCACCAGUAACAGCCUUUAAAAAGGAACCACCAAGACCCCCUCAGAAUAGCUUUAAGCCAGGCAUGAAGCUGGAGGCGGUGGACAAGAAGAACCCGUACCUCAUCUGCCCCGCCACAAUUGGAGAAGUGAAGGGCGAUGAGGUCUUCAUCAUGUUUGACGGUUGGCGGGGCGCCUUUGACUACUGGUGCAAGUACGACUCCCGAGACAUCUUCCCGGUAGGCUGGUGCUCCCUCACUAAGCACAGCCUUCAGCCACCCGGCAACAGUGUUACUCUGCCGAAGCACCUGCAGAUUCUUCCCUCGUCGCCCUCUAAACCGAGUCGGCGAUCCAUGCAGUCCCCCUACAGACUCCCCAAUCCUCUGCCCCCUUUGCCAGUCAGGAAGGGGGUCAGAGGCCGUCGGCCCAAGAGCGAGACCAUCGCUCUCCUCAAAGCGGUGGCCGAGGCAGCCGCGGCCCAAAAUGGGUCUGUACCUGAAAACACACAGCUGGUACCCCGAGUUCACAAGAAGAGAGGACCCAAACCGGGAAGCAAGAGAAAGCCCAAAAUGAUCCAAGGCUCCACACAGCUGCCGAGCAUCCAGGUGCCACAGGAAAGUCCUGCCAACCUAAACUCAGUGGUUUCGACAGUGUGUGUGUACGUUAAUAAGCACGGAAACUGCGGACCCCACCUGGACAGGAAGCAGAUGCAGCAUCUACCUGACCACUUUGGACCAGGUCCAGUGAACUCUGUGCUCCAGCAGGUCGUCCAGUCAUGUAUAGACUGUGCAUACCAGCCUAAAGUCCUGCUCAGCGCUCUGCAGAAUGACUCGGGCGGAGGGGAGGUCGUCAAAGUGAGAACAGAUGGUGGAGUCCAUGUGGUCAGGCUACCGUCAGCUUCCAGUGCUUCCUUUGUACUGCGCUUCCUGGAGACCAUGUGUCGUCAUCUGCAGUGCGACAACCUGUUCAGCAGCCAGCCGUUCAGCCACUACUCGGCUUACGAGAGGAAGAAAUCAGUGAAAGAAGAGGUGAUGGACGCGCCAUCACUGGCAAGAGGGAGUAAACGAAGUCUCUCUGGAGUCUCUCCACCGUAUGCAGCGCCGCUGUCUCCUAAACAUUUACGUGCUGAAGCUCAUCCUUCAGAAGCAGAGACUCUGCCCCACGAAGAGAACGGCUUAAUAAAGGAGCAGCGCUACAUGGACUCCGCCUCCAACUCCAUGACCCCGCGACCCCAGACUAUGCGGAGUUUCUCGGAGUACCACUCCCAGGCCAGCAGCCUCUACCAUCACAGCAGCAGCACACCGAUGCGCCGCCUUUCGUCUAACCCUGCAGAAAUGAGCUCCACACAACCCCUCAGAAGAGUCGAAGCUGCCAGCUCCACCACAGGUCCCGAGGCUCUGGCGUCUGAGAGGGAGAGUCUGCAGUUCCCCAGCAAAAACCCCUCCUCCUGGUCCAUUGAAGAGGUGAUGCAGUUCGUCAGGGACGCCGACCCCACAGCUUUGGCACCUCACGCUGAGCUCUUCAGGAAACAUGAGAUUGAUGGCAAAGCUCUGAUGCUCCUGCGGAGCGACAUGAUCAUGAAGUAUAUGGGUCUGAAACUGGGGCCCGCACUGAAGCUCUGCCAUCACAUAGAGAGGCUGAAACAAGGCAAACUGUAACUACGAGAUCUCGGCAGAACCCACGAGCAAUAAGCCCCGAGAGAGCCGGCGUUUGCAUACUGACUCAUGGGGCACACAGGGGUUACAUGUUACUCCAGACUCCACCUGGAGGGAGCGGAUAGAUGUUACAACGUCAUCCCAACUUUGCGAGUGGAGAAAGUGUGCCGUGCAUUGCUGACACAUUACCUCAUCCCCUCAUCAGUGAACAAAAAGCUGUUCGGCUCUCAUAGACAUGCUGACUCUGAAAUCCCAAAGGAAAAUAAUCCCCGUAGUGUUUACAUUGCACAUGUGCGCACAUUUUCUUUCUUUCUUUUUUUUUUUUUAAAUGGAGGAGAAAUCUUUUGAUCCUGGUUUUUGGAUCCCCCAAAGAUGGUGAAUGUUUCUUCUUAUAUCAAUUGUUAUUGUUAAAUCAAUAAGGAAGGGUUGGUAUACCGAGAAAAAGAUCCAUCAGAUAUUCCUCCACAGGGUUUGAAUGCUAUUUUUAUUUUAUUUUUUAUCAUGUAUAGCGGUUUAUCUGCCUGCCUGAAGAAUAUGAACCCAUUCCACUUCUUUCACACGAGCUUUCUUUGCCUUGAACUUUGUCGGCGUCAAGGCGAUUAUGUUAUAUUCUGAUGUCUCCCACGAGUGUCUGGCAGAAUCAGCUCCUGCUGCAAGGCAUUCUCGGUGGUCUCCAAACCGUCUGCAUCCCAAGCACACGCCAGUUGAGGGUUUAUCAAUUUCAACGGAUGGGAAUGUUUAGGAAGUGCAAAUCGGACAUUUCUAAGGGCUUUCUUUGUUAAGUUUGACUUAAUAUUUUUAUCAGUCGUGUCAUUUAAGCUCAUCGGUCCGACCUCAGUGUUGUCACUUUCGACCAUUACAAUCACUGUUAGCAAUGAAAACAGAUGUGUACAGUUUUAUGGGUUUAACCAUGAAUAUCAGCGACAGAAUGUACAUUUUGUAGAAACGUAAUAUUUUAAGGAAAUAAGUUAGAAAUGUGAAGAUAAAGGGGGAUGGGGGUUCUUCUUUUUAAUAGUUAACGCAGUGCUUUUAGUUCAAAUACUCCCAGUACUAAACUCUGCCUUGCUUUACCUACAAUAUUUCUCAGGUUUAUGUGAUCUUUGUUAGUACAAGAUUUUGUAGCAUACUGUUUAUAAUAUACUUCCUGUUACCCUCUUCCCUUACUUAAAGACUUGUGCCAUAUAAAUAGUCAACACAUGAUCCAAGUGCUGUUGAUUUCUUUCCCUUCUUGCAUCUUCUUUAAACUACUUGAAAAAAGUGUUGCAAAACAUCACUUGUCCAUUACAAGUCAUCACACCAGAUAAACAAUGUGUUUAUGAUGUUGUGUAUUUUCUCUUCUUUUCUAUAAACCUGUCAAAAACAAAAA